AUUGACUGGCAAUUUGAAUAAAAAGAUCGAAAGUGAAGAAUCAGCGUAUGGGGAGCAUUACAUCAUAUAAAUAGCGGACUGAUAAGCCUAUAACUUGAGAGUCACUAGGUAUCCCAACGGGCACGAAGAUGCACCAAAGGAGAGCGUUUACUUGCUUCGUUUACGUUAUUGUUCUUUCCUGCUUAGCCUUGAUAGUUUGCGAUGCUGAGGACGAUUCGCAACAGGAUUUCUCAAGACCACGUCAUCGACCUCCACAGAUGACUACGACACAAGCGCCUAUUCCAUCUCAGGGGUCUUUACAAGUUCUUGGAAUCCCGAUUGGGCCAGCCCUGCACCUAGCUGGCGGAAUCGUUGCGAACGUUUUGGCUCCCUACAACCAACCAGAGGAGCCACUAUGGAAGCCUCCAUUCUCCUGCGUCGGUAGAGUGCCCGGAUACUACGCCGACGUCUUCACCAAUUGCCGGAACUACUAUACUUGCACACCACGCGGACGCCAAUACUACUACCACUGCGGGGAACAUACGAUCUUUAACCAGUUGCAUUUGACGUGCGAUCAUAGGCGCAAUUACGAUUGUCGACGGGCUCCACAGGACUACAGCGUGAAUGAACAAUAUCGCCCCUUUCGUCAACGCAAUUAAAGUAUGCAUACUAAUAUGACGAAUAGAGAUUCGAUCGGGUAACCAGACUGUAACUUAUUGAUUCUUUACUCUUGUACAUAAAUUUAAACAGAUUAAUAUAAUAGGGACAACUUUUCACCUUUUUUGCUGUUGAGAUUUAAGUAAUGCUUCUACCGGGUGCUUAAACCGUGCAAUUCCUUGAAAUCCUUUUUGACCAAUUUUGCUACCGGCAACCUGGCAAGCGAACUCGAGCCCCCUCUUCCAAUCCCACAGGUUGACUUGGCUAUAGAUGAAAGCCGCGUUAAAUGUGUCGCCAGCUCCGAGUGUGUCAACAAUCUCAACCGGUGGACACGCACUUUGGCAUACCACCGAACCAUUCUGUCCAGCAGCCGCUCCCUUUGAUCCCCAAGCACAAACGACAAUCGUUCUACAAAAUUAAAUGAAUUUACGCAGCUGAGAAUUCAGAUUCUACGAAAUGAUUUAGGGCGGGUGAGGUGCAAAACAAAAUUUACCCUGGUUUGGUUACAUCCAGAAAUCCUUUGACUGCUUCUUCCAUUGUCCGGAAGCCAGAAAAGUAGGCAUAUUCCUUAGAUACGAAAACCACGUCUGCCAAUGGGAGGAGCUCAUCAAGGGCAGGGCGUGCUUUUUCAAUUUCGACAGAUACUUUUAUACAUUCUAAACGUUCUCGCACGGUUCUUAUCAUUUGUUUGAUGUUGGCAAUAUUGGCACUCCUUCCCUG